AUGCAGGCCUCAACAGAUACUUACCGCCAGCCGGACAGCCGAAGCGGUGCUUCCAGGCGCCUGGCCCAUCUAUCCAUCAGUGACGAAAACCAUCAUGUUACGGAGGCUAUUGGAUACAUGUACAAUGAUGCCUACGACGGGAGUCCGAGCGGGAGUGGGAGUGGGAACGGAAAUGGAAGUGCGAGUCCAAGAGAUUCAAGACGCUUAAGCUAUCUAUCACAGGAGGAAAACAUAUCUACAAAUCCGAUAAACCGAACCGGCCCGUCAUCCUCGUCCUCGCAGUCCAGCUCUAAUAAAGACCGUCUCCAUCUCCCGAUCCGAACCAGCUCGAUAAACGGUGUCAACGGCCAUGGCAGCACGUCACGUCAUAACCUCUCCCCCCACGAUAGUCCGAACCAACUUUCCCCGGGUCUCAACCACGCCUCAUCCGACGGUUCUGUUUCCUUUCCUCUUACAGACAUUGACUGUCAGUCCGAUCCUGCAACGGUUGCCCAGGAGCUCAGCAACCUCGCGGCCCUCCGCCGUAUGUCCAUGGACGUGGGCUCCAUGGACCCGGAUCUGCCUUCAUUUGGCGGCCUAAUGUCGUCUAUAGCUCCUUCUCCGUCCGCAGAUGAGGAUGAUGCAUCACGGCUCUUUUGGGUACCUGCGCAUCUUCACCCUGGUCUCGCUCCUAAGGAAUUCAAGUCAUUUUUGGACAGCAAGGCAGACCAGAUCAAGCGGAGAUCUGGCGAGCUGACACCGCCUACGGAGGGGCCAGCGAUAAUACAGCGCCAGGGAUCAGGGAGCAGUCUGAUGCGCAAAAAGUCAUUACUUUCGCGGCAGGUAGAUAGCUCGAGCAUCGGUAGGGAGGAUUCUAGAUCGUCGAAACGCCCGAACCUAGAAGCCUUAUCCGAAGAACCGCAAAGCCAGUUCAAGGGAUUCGGAGACGAAGAUGCGCCGAUCCUCCCACCCGCACCACCCGGCUAUAGUUUGCGCCGUUCCAGGAGGACGACAUACAGAAAGGGCAGCCUGAAGGCAGGCGAGCGAGUACCUCAUUCAAGAAGGGCUGCAAGACAGUCUGAUAUCAGCCAGUCGGAGGAUACGGGCGAUAACGUAAGCACGAAACGAUCGUCCACACCCACUGAGGAACCGCCUAUACUAGGACUGACUAGGGUAUCCACUGAUCCGACGGGAUACGACAAUGCAACCAACUAUUCUAGACCUGCCCGAACAAAGCCCGCAUCGGUACCGUCAGCUUCAACUCUCACGGGGGAUGUACCAGAUUCCUCGUCCGCUCGAGCCAGCGCGCCAUCACAUACACAGCCAUGGACACCUCCAACAAACGACCAGCCAUCUAUAUCGCACCAUCAACCACAGCCGCAACCGCAACCGCAACCACCGCCUGUCGAACCGCCCCGGGCAGAACCCCUUCGGUCAACGAGCAGUAGCAGUGCACCGCAAACACAACCAUAUAUACCGGAACGGAAUUCAUCACAUCACCCGCCACCGUCGCUACCGCCACAGACACCCUUACCUCCUGAACCUACAACGCGGGCGUCAAAGAGAGCAGGUCUAAUCAUACCAACCAAAGAAACUACUCCAGUUAGUGAUACUACGCCCAAAAUCGUCGUCCAAAACACAUCCAAUGCUCCACACCGUGACGUUGUUCAAGAGAGGCGGAAAUUUGACGAAAGGGAGAAAGACAAAAAGAAUAAGAUCAAGAAGGAUUCAGAUGGCACGAAAAAAUCAGGUUGGCAUUGGCGUCGUGGCGGAUCUGAAGACAAAGAGAAAGAAAAGGAGAAGAAGAAAGAAGAUGAAAAGCGCAAGUCAUCAAAAUCAUACACCAAGGCAGAAAAACCCCAUGACAGCGCUCGUCUCGACCUUCUCCAAACCUCCAUCGACGGACAGCCAACCACCAAGCCUAAGGAGAGAGAAAGCCUCAUCCUGGACCGCCCAGAUCCGGUAGAUGAAGAAACUCGCCCAGCCCGAAAAGAAAACCUACGCAAAUCGUCGUCGCCUCCUCCUAAAAAGGAGAAAGAGCCGUCUAUCUUCUCCUCCAUAUUCGGCGGCGGUAAAAAGAAGUCCAGUUCUCAUGAUUCCCAUUCCCGCAAACACUCCCGCUCACGCGCCCGUUCUCCCUCUCCCGACCCCAAAUAUUACAGCCUCAAAGCAGACGUAGACUACAACUGGACCCGCUUCUCCAUCCUCGAGGAACGUGCCAUCUACCGUAUGGCACACCUCAAACUCGCCAACCCACGGAGAGCCCUGUAUUCUCAAGUCCUCCUCAGCAAUUUCAUGUACUCAUACCUCGCCAAAGUGCAGCAGAUGCAUCCACACAUGGCCCUACCGACCUCGCCGGCCCAAAACCAGGCGAAGAAGAAGGAAAUGCAGCAGAGCCAAAAUCAGAGCCAACAAAAGGUAGAUGAUUAUUCUCAAUAUCAGCAGGGUCAUGAUCAAGACUCAUACGCAGAAGCGGGCGACUCGCAGAUGUACGAUUAUGACCUUGACGACGGAUACGAGCAGUCGCAGCAUUCCACUGGUUCGGGCCGAGGGCAAGGAUACGAUUACCACGCUGACGGGCGGGCGGAGGAGCACGAUAGUAUGUGGUAG